CUCGCCUCUGCUCUCGACAACCGACCCACCCGCUCGCGAGAUGCAGGCACAAGACCGCCGCCGCUUCACCGCACCAGAAGGCGCAUCGCCCCUGCGCUUCAACGACGCGCCCGCCACCCGUGCCGCCUCGACCUCGUCCUCGUCCUCGCCGCGAGCUGAUGGCAGGCAACCGGGCCAGGUCCGCCCCGUCUUCCUCCAGCCGGGCCUCGUCACCGAGGCUGCUGGCUCCGCCUACAUCGAGGCCGGCCGCACCAAGGUCCUCUGCGCAGUGUACGGCCCGAAACCGACGCCGCCGAGCGCGCCCUUCAACGCCAAGGCGCGCCUCAACGUCGAGGUCAAGUUCGCGCCCUUUGCGAGCGGCGUCAGGCGCUUCGUGCCCGGCAAGGACACCGAGGCCACCGCGCUCGCGUCAACGCUUCAGCAGGCGCUCGUGCCCGCCAUCCUCCUCGAGCACAUGCCCAAAUCCCAGAUCGACCUCUUUGUCACGGUCCUCGAGUCGGACGGGUGGGACGGCGACUUGUCCAUAGGCGUUACGGCGGCAAGUACGGCGCUCGCCGAGGCGGGCAUCCCGAUGCGAGGGCUCGUGACGGGCUGCUCGGCCGCUCUCCUCCCUUCCUCUCCCUCCUCCUCUUCCACUCCCACCUCCACCGCCCUCCUCGACCCAACCCGCUUCGAAGCCCGCGCCGCCCAGUCGUUCCUCACCCUGUCGUGCCUCCCCGCGCUCGGCACGUCGACGAGCGUGCGCGUCAACGGCGUCGUCGACCCCUCGAGCCUCGCAGAGACGCUCACGAAGAUGUACGACGUGUGCGGCCUGCUGCACGGUGUCGCCAAGGAGGCGCUCCUCACCUCGGCAGCGGCGGCAGCAGCAGCAGCAGCAGAGACGACGGGUACAGCAGCAGCAUGAGCCUCUCGCAAUGCAAGGCUCGCUUUCCUUGCG